AUGAAAAACAAUCACAAGCGUCGAUUUUAGGAUGUAGAUCAUUUGAUUUAACUCAGAAAAAAAGCAAUACCAAAUAAAGGAGAAUACCUCUAUGAUUAUAAGCUGUAGGAUGCACUAAAAAAAAGAGAUACCUAUUCAAAGGAGGAAUUCAAAUAAAAAUUCAAGAUUGAUUUUGAAGAUCUGCCAAUUUCAACCAAUACACUCAGAGCCUUGAAAUAGAGAAAGUUUAUUAAGAUGACUGAGAUCUAAAGGUGUGUUAUACCACAUGCAUUGGCAGAAAGAGAUAUUCUAGGUGCAUCUAAAACAGGAAGUGGAAAAACAUUGUCAUACUUGUUACCUUUGAUUGAGAAUCUUUAUGUGAACAAAUGGACUCCUCUGGAUGGUUUAGGAGCUCUUAUCAUUUUGCCUACAAGAGAAUUAGCUAUGCAAGUAUUUGAGGUUUUUAAGUCACUUAAUACUUACCAUAUUUUAUCAAUGGCAUUGUUGAUUGGUGGUAAAAACUAUCAAUACGAGAGAGACAGAAUCACUGGAAUGAAUGUUAUUAUCUGUACACCUGGAAGACUCUUAUAGCAUUUUGAAGAGAGUCCUGGAUUUGAUGCAAACAAUUUAAAGGUCUUAGUUUUGGACGAAGCUGAUAUGAUGUUAGAGUUGGGUUUUUGGGGACCGUUAAAGGCAAUAAUGAACUACCUCCCAAAAGAGAAAUAGACUAUGCUUUUUUCUGCUACUCUCAAUCAAACAAUCCAUUAACUAUGCAAGAUUUCUCUAUAAAAUCCAGAGAGCAUUUUCUUACAUGAGAAAUUGGCUACAGAUUCAAAUGAAUAGACAGACAAUGUUAUGUCAACACCAAAUAAAUUAUAAUAAUUUUACAUUGUUACACCUAUAGAAGAGAAAAUAGAUGUUCUAUUUUCAUUCAUAAAGUCUCACAAUAAAUAAAAAAUCGUAAUCUUUGUAUCUACUUGUAAAUAAGUGAGAUAUUUAUUUGAAGUGUUUAGAAAAUUAAAAUUGGGAAUGCUAUUAUAUGAAUUACAUGGUAGAUAAAAGCAGGAUAAAAGAACAGCCAUAUUUUUCACUUUUUCAGAAAAGAAGGCUGCAGCAUUAUUUACAACUAAUAUUGCAUCAAGAGGCUUAGAUUUUCCAAAAGUAGAUUGGGUCAUUUAAUUUGAUUGUCCAGAUGAUCCAUCCACCUAUGUGCAUAGAGUAGGAAGAACUGCAAGGUAUAUAGCAGGAGGGUUCUCCAUGCUCUUUUUAUUGCCUUCUGAGGUCAAGUUUAUUGACAAGGUGAAGUAGAAGGGAGUUGAAAUCAAAUAAAAAUUUUUGAAUUCCAAUAAACAAUUAACAAUCAAAUAGACGAUCUAAAGUUUAGUGUCUGAAAACAUAGAACUAAAAUAUUUAGCCUAGAGAGCUUUUAUUAGUUAUGUUAGAUCAGUUGAUAUCAAUGCAGACAAGGAGAUAUUCAAGUUAAAGGAAAUCAAAACUGACUUAUUAGCUGAGAGCAUGGGAUUAGUCUAAGUUCCAAUUCUAACUGUUUAAUAGCCUGAUGAAUCAGAUUAGGAGGAUAAGCCAGAGAAAAAAUCUAAAUUACAAAAACUAAAGGAGAAGAUUGAAAUCAAAAAGUAAAUGGCAAUAGACCAAAAUAAACCAAUUGAAACUAAGAAACUUAAGUAGAUUUCUAGAGAGAGUGGUUUUGAUAAGUUUGAGGGUAUGAAAGCUAAGACGUUUGAUUUUGAAGGGGAAUUUCUAAAGCGCAAACCUUAAUAGGAAAUUGAAGAAGAAGAAGAGGAAUUAGAGCAACCAAAGUUUGUGACAUCCAAAAGAUAAAUGAAAAAGGUGAAGGCAGACGGAAUAUUUGGAGGCAGAAACAAAGUGUUUUUCGAUGAUGAAGGAAAUCAAAUCACAGCAGAGGAGAAGAGAAGAUAAGAAAUUUUAGAAGGAUAGUAAGAAGUCUUAUAGAAGGAUGAAGAUAGAACAUUAAAAUAUGGACAGAAAUUAAUUGAGCAUGCCGAAGAUGAUAAAGCAAAUGAAAAGGAUAGAAUCAAAUAAAAAAGAUUAAAGAAGAAAAUUAGAAUGCAGGAAGUUUAAGAAGAGUAUUGA